CUGCGUUGCUUCGAUAUCUUGUUCGAGUUUCUUUCUUUAGUUUGUAGCUCUCUAUCAACAGCCACAAACCCGCCAUCCCGUGAAGCAGCACGGCGUCCUUGGCCUUCCUAACCCACGUCAACAUGGAGGCCAACCUCGACGAGAGCUGGGCCGAGCGGCCGGCAUUCCUCCUGUUUGGGGAUCAGUCACUCGACAGCCAUAGCUUUCUCGCUCAGUUCUACCGCCAGUCCAAGCACGGCGAGCUGGCAAGGGUCUUCUUACAGCAAGCAAACCACGCUCUGGUGGGAGCCGUCGAGAAGCUACCUACUUUGGAGCGAGCAACUCUACCCGAAUUUCGAAACCUGCGGCAGCUCAACGAACGAUACCACAACGCGCCCCUGAAACAUGCGGGUAUUGACGCGGCGCUGCUGACAAUAUCGCAACUUGCGCACUACCUCGACCACGCCGAGAAGCACUGCGGCGAUAUCACACAGCCUCGUAACACCCAUCUCAUCGGGCUCUGCUCGGGACUCUGGGCUGCAUCCGCUAUCUCGAUAGCGCCCUCGUUGCCCGACCUCGUCCAUGUCGGCGUCCAAACGGUUCUCUUGGCUUUCAAGACAGGCUCCUACGUCCACGCCGUUGCGCAACGACUAAACCCGGCUUCUGAACGAACCGAAAACUGGACCUACAUCUUCUCAGCGUUGAGCGUUGAAGACGCCACCGAAAAAUUGGACAUUUUCCAUGUUGCCUCCAACCUUCCUCCUGCUAGCCGUGCGUAUAUUAGCGCGGUAUCCGACAAUAGUCUCGCAGUGUCUGGCCCACCCAGCACGCUAGAUGCCAUAGUCAACAAUGGGAUCCUCACGGCCGACCCAACCGCUGUCCCUGUCCAUGGCCCCUAUCACGCGCCACAUCUGCAUUCCGCAGCCGAUAUCGAGAGGAUUCUAGAGCUUGACAGACCAGAGGUGGAAGACGCCUUGUACAAGACACAGCCGCGAUCACCAGUCAUGGACUGCUCAGCUGGCAUUUGGUUCUCCGUCUCGGACACGAAAUCGCUCCUGACAACGGUCGCCUCUACCCUCUUGAACAAAGGGUUGAUGUUUAGCAAGGUCCUCGCUGGCUGCAUUGAGACUGCUCGCGAAUUCCAGAGCGAUAAGUGCCUCAUACUCCCCGUUGGCCCGACUCAAAAUGCAACUACGCUUCAGAGACGCCUCCAACAAGAGGUCGGACUGGAGGUCACUAUCCGCAUGCCGCCCCCUAUCGCGCCGGAGGCCACAGCGUCCAGGAUUGGGAAUCACGGCUCGAGCGGGAAGCCUAAGCUUGCCAUUGUCGGCAUGGCCGGGCGGUUCCCUGACGCUGCCAGCCACGAAGCGCUCUGGAAACUGCUCGAAAGUGGCCUUGCUGUCCACCGCGAGGUCCCACCGGAUCGUUUCAACGUCAAGACACAUGUUGACCCCUCCGGCAAGGGCAAGAAUAUGAGCCAUACUCCAUACGGUUGCUGGAUUAAGGAUCCGGGCCUGUUUGACCACCGCGUCUUCAACAUGUCGCCGCGCGAGGCCCGCAACACAGACCCGAUGCAGCGGAUGGCCCUGACCACCGCAUACGAGGCCUUGGAAAUGUCAGGCUACGUCCCCAACAGGACGCCAUCCACAAGACUCGAUCGGAUCGGCACCUUCUAUGGCCAGACCUCGGACGAUUGGCGCGAGAUCAACGCCGCCCAGGACGUGGACACGUACUUCAUCACGGGCGGCGUUCGCGCCUUUGGACCUGGCCGCAUCAAUUAUCACUUUGGCUUCAGCGGGCCGAGUCUCAACAUCGACACCGCUUGCUCCUCCAGCGCCGCCGCCAUGCAGGUGGCAUGCUCAGCACUCUGGGCCCGCGACUGCGACACGGCCAUUGUCGGCGGCCUCUCGUGCAUGACCAACCCGGACAUCUUCGCCGGGCUCAGUAAAGGCCAGUUCCUGUCAAAGAAGGGACCAUGCGCCACCUUCGACAACGGUGCCGAUGGGUACUGCCGUGGUGACGGAUGUGCAUCGGUCAUCGUCAAGCGUCUGGAUGACGCCCUAGCCGACCAAGACAGGGUUCUCGCCGUCAUCCUCGGCACCGCGACCAACCACUCGGCGGAUGCCAUCUCCAUCACGCAUCCCCACGGUCCGACGCAGUCUAUUCUGUCUACAGCCAUCCUUGACGACGCUGGUGUCGAUCCCCAUGACGUCGACUAUGUCGAGAUGCACGGCACCGGUACGCAAGCUGGAGACGGCACCGAGAUGAAGUCGGUCACCGACGUUUUCGCACCCGCGAAUCGCCCCAGACCCGAAGACAGGCCGCUUUUUCUAGGAGCCGUCAAAGCAAACGUGGGGCACGGCGAAGCCGCCUCCGGAGUCACCGCCCUCAUCAAGGUACUCUUGAUGCUCGAGAAGAAUACCAUCCCGCCCCAUGUAGGGAUCCAGAAGAAUGGCGGGGAGAUCAACAAGACGUUUCCCAAGGAUUUUGCCGCGCGAAACGUCAACAUCGCAUUCCAGCCCGUCCCAUUUACAAGGAGGGAUGGAAAGCCCAGGCGCGUCUUCGUCAAUAACUUCAGCGCAGCCGGUGGUAACACUGGCCUCCUGGUCGAGGACCCCCCGAACGUUUUGCCUGCAAAUCCGGAUCCUCGUACCCACCACGUCAUCACUCUGUCGGGGCGGGUUUGGGAGUCCGUGAAGGGGAAUGCCGAACGCCUCCUCGAGUGGAUGGAGCGGCACCGCGACACACCGCUCUCGCACAUUUCCUACAGCACAACAGCAAGGAAGUCUCACCACGUCUGCCGUAUGACUGUGACAGGCAAGGAAAUUGGGGAUCUACGGACGGCCCUUAGAGAACGCCUCAUGGAGCUGGACCUGACCCAAACUAUCCCGGUCUCCCAUCAGCCCAGUGUGGUGAUGAUGUUCACCGGACAAGGGUCACAAUACGCCGCGAUGGGGAAGGAGCUCUACAACCAUCACGCAGUGUUUCGCGAGAGCAUCGACGGCUUCGUCGACCUGGCCCGCUUACAAGGCUUUCCGUCCUUCCUCCCCCUCAUCGACGGCACCGACCAAAACGUGUCCGAGAUGUCACCUAUUGUGCUGCAACUUGGUCUGGCAUGCUUCCAGAUGGCCCUCGCCCGCCUGUGGGGGGCGUGGGGAGUCAAACCUGCUGCCGUCGUGGGUCAUAGCCUAGGAGAGUAUGCCGCUCUCGAAGUAGCCGGCGUGCUCUCCGCCAGCGAUGUCAUCUACCUCGUCGGCUCUCGUGCCAAGUUGCUGGUCGAAAAGUGCACAGCUGGCAGCCAUGGCAUGAUCGCCGUUCAGGCUCCGGUGAAGACCGUCCUGGAGCUGAUGGGCACCGAAGCUGGCGGCCUCAACAUUGCCUGCAUCAACAGCCCCCGCGAGACCGUCGUCAGCGGUGACUCGGAAAAGUCAAAGGAGAUGGCCGCGCAUAUGUCCGCCCAAGGUUACAAGUCCCAUCACCUGCAGGUGCCCUUCGCUUUCCACUCCCCCCAGGUGGAAGUCAUUUUGGAUGAUUUUGAGAAGCUCGCACAGGGCGUUAGCUACAAAGCCCCAAAGAUCCCUAUCAUCUCCACCGUCCACGGAGACGUCAUUGAGAGCAAGUCGAUCGACGCCGGGUACCUGCGCAAGCACGCGCGAGACACGGUCCACUUUCUCGAUGGCCUUAUCGAAGCCCAGAAGUCGGGCACUAUCGAUGACAAGACUGUUUGGCUCGAGAUCGGCCCUCACCCGGUUCUUUCGAACAUGGUCAAGGCUACGUUCGGCGCCAGCACGGUGGCCGUCCCCACACUGCGCCGUAGCGAGCCGUGUUACAAGACGGUGACGAGCACCCUCGCCACCCUGCACAACGCGCACCUCAAGAUCAACUUUAACGAGUACCACCGCGACUUCUCCGACUCAGUGCGUCUCCUGAACCUGCCGACGUAUUCUUUCCACGACAAGAACUACUGGAUCCAGUACACGGGCGAUUGGUGUCUCACGAAGCACGACUUAUCGGUCGCUGCGGCGGAACAGAAGCCUGCAACGCCCUGGGUCGCCACGACGACAGUACACAAGCUCCACAGGGAAAGUGUCGAGGGCGGCAUAGCGACCGUUGAGACUGAGUCCGAUCUCUACCAAGAGGAGCUUCGGAAUGUGGUUUGUGGUCACCAAGUCAACGGGGCCCCUCUGUGCCCGUCGUCACUGUACGGCGACAUGGCCAUGACCGUGUGCGACUAUGCCUACAAGCUGCUGCGGCCCCAGUCGAAGGGUAUCGGCUGUAACGUUGCGGAUAUGCAGGUCUUCAAGCCGCUCAUUUUCGACGACAAGGCCGGAAGUCACAUCUUGCGGUUGACGGUGAGGGCUAAUGCCGAGGCUGGCGAAGCCGACUUGAUCUUCCACACGGCCCAGGGUGGCAAGAAGCUCGAGCAUGCCCAUUGCAAAGUCUACUACGGCAAUCACGACGACUGGCAGGACGAGUUCGACCGGGCCGCCUACCUCAUCAAGUCCCGUGUUGACUUCCUCAUGGAGGCGGAGAAACGUGGUGCUGCCUCCAAGAUUGGACGCGGCUUGGCGUACAAGCUCUUCUCCGCCUUGGUCGACUACGGCGACCGCUACCGGGGCAUGGAAGAGGUUAUCCUUGACAGCGCUACUUGUGAAGCGACAGCCAAGAUCCGCUUCCAGACAACAGACCAGGACGGCACCUUCUACUUCAGCCCCUAUCAUAUCGACAGCGCCUGCCAUAUUUCGGGCUUCAUCAUCAACGGCACCGAUGCUGUGGAUUCGCGCGAACGAGUCUUUAUUUCCCACGGCUGGGGCUCCAUGAGAUUCACCGAGAUUCCAAAUGCAAACAAGGAGUACCGCAGCUACAUCCGCAUGCAGCCGGUCAAGGGCACGGAGAUGAUGGCCGGCGAUGCCUACGUCUUCGAUGGCGACAAGGUCAUCGGCAUGACGGGCCGUAUCAAGUUCCAAGCCAUCAAACGCCACACUCUCAACAUGAUGCUUCCUCCGCGGGGCCCCCAGACGGCCUCGCGCACAGCUCCCUCGCCGAUCAAAGCAGCACCCCAAAAGAAGAAGAGGAAGGAGACGGUGAACCCCUCUAACAUAGACAAGGUGAACCAGAGGCUGAAGUCUGUGACGGCCGCAGUCAUGGAUAUCCUUGUCAGAGAAAUCGGCUGCAGCCACGGCGAGCUCGCUGACGACGCCGCCUUUGAGAACCUCGGUGCCGAUUCCCUAAUGGCUCUACAAGUCUCUUCGAAGAUACGCGAAGAGUUGGAAUUGGAUAUUGAAGCCCAAGCCUGGCUCGACCACCCCACCGUCGGCGCUUUCAAAACGUACCUAGCAAACUUUGAGAGACCAGGUCGCAAUGAAAGGGUGUCCUCUCGUGACUCGGCAAGAACGACAGACGACGAAUCUCGCGAGGUGGAAUCUGACUCGUACGUCACGACACCGCCCGAAGAUAGUGCUCCGCAUUCCGUUAAGGGUGAUGCACCGGACGAGGCGGGGCCCCGCGAUUCUGCACAGAACCAGGAGCUUCGAACCAUCAUCCGUGAGUCCAUUGCCACGGAGGCGGGCGUGGACGUGCGAGAAGUUGUUAGCGCGCCCGAUUGGCCGAGUCUCGGGGUCGACUCCCUCUUAGGUCUAGGAAUCAGCAGCCGGAUCCGUGAGUUAGCCGGCAUAGAGGUUCCGAACGACCUCUUCCUUGAGCACGCAACGCUUCAAGACGUGGAGCGCGUCUUGGGCGUCACCACCGCCCCCAAGAAACGUGCCAUCCGCGAGCGGCAGCGCACCAAGGAAAAGCCCAAGGCAACCUCCGCGACGGCCCCCGUAGGGGAGCAUCCUCGGAUCGCCUUGGAGGAACCCGCCCCUCCGAAACCGCCGAGACCCACCAGCAUUGUCGACGACUUUCCCCACCGCACAGCCAACUCGGUCCUCAUGUCUGGGACUUCCAGCGACAAAACGAAGCAGCUUUUUAUGAUCCCGGACGGCAGCGGGUCUGCCACAUCGUACACCGAGAUCGCUGCAGUUGGCGGUGGGUGGUCUGUCUGGGGUCUCUUCUCGCCCUUCAUGAGAACGCCGGACGAGUAUCAUUGUGGUGUCUACGGCAUGGCUACCAAGUUUAUCGACGAGAUGAAGCACCGCCAACCCGAGGGCCCGUACUCGCUUGCGGGCUGGAGUGCCGGAGGUGUCAUUGCAUUCGAGAUAGUCUACCAAUUGGUCACGGCCGGGGAAGAGGUUGCGAACCUGAUCAUCAUCGACGCCCCUUGCCCCGUCACUAUCGAACCGCUUCCGCAAGGGCUCCACGCAUGGUUCGCAUCCAUUGGUCUGCUCGGCGAGGGUAACGACAAGAAGAUCCCCGAGUGGCUGCUUCCCCACUUCUCCGCCUCCAUCACGGCUCUCAGCACCUACGAUGCCAGACCGAUCCCCAAAGAGAAGUGCCCCAGGGUGAUGGCUAUUUGGUGCGAGGAUGGAGUGUGCCAUCUACCCACGGAUCCCAGGCCGGAGCCGUAUCCGAAAGGCCAUGCCCUUUUCUUGCUCGACAACCGCACCGACUUUGGGCCAAACAGGUGGGAGGAGUACCUGGACAUAAACCGGAUGCAAUUCAGGCACAUGCCAGGCAACCAUUUCUCCAUGAUUCAUGGCAACUUGGCCAAAAUACUUCAAGGGUUUUUACAGGAGGCCGUUCUGGGUUAAGGCCGCAGGUGGCCGUUUCAAUUCACUCCCCCCAAAGCAGAGCCGACAAUUCGGAACCCAUCACGGCGUGUUUGUUUUUUAUUGUUGUAUU